GUAACCCUCACACUGGCUAGAGUAGCCUACUCCAGUAAUAUCAGUGAUGGCAAGUUAGAAGCCAUACAACUAUUUGAUUACAUUUUCCCGAUUUGAAUUGCACAAGUGGCUUGAAGAAAAUAAUAACGGUUCUUUGAUUUGGAAUCGGAUGCGUGCACUCUGGAUCCGGCUGGAGAUGCGGAAAAUAAUUUGCAACAGAUUCCUCUGCAUAGUGGAGGCACUAUCACAAACCACGUGAGAGGAAUGUUCAAUGACGGUCCCCGACAGACCGGUUCAUCUCUGCUGGCACUCUGCUGCUGUCAUGGACUCUUGGACACUAUAUUUUCUCAGCUUCUCACAAACCGACGUGAAGUGAGGGCGAUCCUAUGUCCGAAUGUAACCUUUGAUCUUUCGGCGCUUUCUCUUCUUUUUCUGUUCUUUUUGUUUGCUUUUCUGCCGCUCGCCUCCGCAAACCAAACAGUUAGUUAGGGUGGGUGUGGGGGGUGGGGGGGUAUGGCUUGGCCGUGCAUCAGUAGAGUGUGCUGCCUGGCUCGCUUCUGGAACCAGUUCGACAAAUCGGACCUCUCCGUCCCGCUCACCGUCCAGAACUACUCGGACAUCGCCGAGCAGGAGGUGCGGUCCGUAACCAAACUGGUCUCCGCCUCGGAGCGCGCUCCCGGGAAUAACUACUCGACCCCGGAACCGCGUGCCGCCGGCGCCACUCACGCACCCAAAGAUGGCCCGGGGAGCCGAGGAUCUUUCAGGGCACGGAAGGAGGGCAGUUACAAGCCCCGGGAGGACUACCACCCGCCCGGAGUGCCUUUCAACAGUGUCACCCAGUACAAGCAGGAUUUCAAACCCUGGCCCAUUCCCAGGAAGGAACACUUCCCUUGGAUUAGUAACGGGGGCAGCGGGGCAGAGAGUGUUUUGGACAACCCGGUGAACUGUUACCCCAGCCAGGCAACACCGGGGGGGAGAGGGGAGCGGGGCAGGGGGCAGCGGCAUUGGCUGGACGAGAGCAAAACCAGCUCCUACAGGCAAGAGUACAAGCCGUGGACAGGAGUGAGACCAGCCAAAAGUGCAAGGAAAAAUCCUCCAGCUCAAUACUCAAGUCCAGGGACCGAGGCAACCCAGGUCCCGCGUGAGACUAGCUACCAGGCUGCCUACAGCGGGGAGCUCCACAGGUCAAUUGGGCUGCAUCAGGUGGAGCACAAUAUCGCAUCUGCUGCCUCCAACAUAGAACCUGCUGCUGUCCCCCAGCCCAUCCCCACUGCCAGGCAAGCUGGCAGUUCACCCGUCCCCUCCAGCGUCCAGCAGAGCGUCCCGCCUCAGAGGGCUGAACUCAGUAUAACGACCAUGGGAGAGGAACAUCUGGUGAAGACCAAGUUCCCGCCGAACUCCUCUGCCGUCUUUCAAAGUGGACCCAGGGUCUUCAACAUCUGACUGCUGCUCCGAUUUCCAACCAUUCCACUUAGGUUUCAGUUUAAAGGAGUCAACAGGAGAAUGAUGUGUCAACCAAGUCCAUUCCACAACACAAUAAUCUAUGCAAAGGAAUGUAUAUUGUUGUGAAGCCUGUGGAGCUGCAGCGUCACUAUCCCAAGGGGAGACAGGUAGAUAGCCCCCUCCUCCUUUUACACUCCUUCCUGCCCUUGUUGCUAAGGAAAUGAAUAUGCACGUAACUAAACAGUUUCAAAACAAGCUUUUUUUGUCUGCUUUUGCAGUUAUAGAUGCACAAGAAACUGGCUGCUCUGUGUGUUUGUAUGUGUGAGUCUGUGUGUGUGUGCACCUGCUGACUUGUCCUUUUAUUGUAAAUUAGAGUUAGUCUGCUCCAAUAAUAAAUUCACUGGUUGGUCAUUAAGUGUUACAAUAAGCUUACAGUACUAUGUUACCCUUUGGUGUUCUGCUGGAAAUCUGCUAGAAAGUAAGUUUAUUUGCUCAGUAUUCAAUUAGUUUUAUAUUAGUUACUUUUCCGUGGAAUUAUUGUUUGGUCUAUCUUUUUUGGUUUAAC